AUGGCAACCUUUGUGUCCGCGCCCUGGGUGUUCACCGCCGGCGACGCUCAGCACCAUAUGCUCGCGCCUGCGCCUCGCGCACCCGCUGCUACGCGCGCCUUGGGCUCGCCUCGAUACCCGCUCCGAGAGCCCGACUCCGAACCUCUGUCGACGGUCGCAGCAAGAUGGUCGAAUGCGGAAGCAAAGUCUGACGCCGCCCAUACCGCUCAUGUGCAUGCGAACUUGGGGCCGAACGUUGGCCCGCGCACCGCCAACCCCUACGAACCCUACGACGCGGAUAUUAUAUGCGAUCAGACUGAUGCUCUGACGUGUGAGCGCGAGGUUAGUUCAUACUUCGGCUUGCGCUGCGAUCAAUUACGAUCUUUGUGCCCGCCCGGCGCGAGGGUCAGGCACCCCGACCUCGGCAUCCGCGACGUGCUUCCGAAUUCCGCCGUUCGUCCCCCACAAGUGAACAUCGCUCUCAUAGCCGCCGCCGCCGACGUCGUUGCUGCACAGAAGCUCGACGACGUUCAUCUGCCCGGACUCUUUGAUUCUGCUCGCCCACCGAUUGCGCUGCCGAAACCUCGGUCGUUUUCAAGCACGUACCCGAUGAGUACCAAUCCUCCCAACGUCUCUGCCUCUUUCCGUUCCGGUGAUUGGUUGUGCCCUGCGCCCGGAUGCGGAGAACAUAACUUCGGACGCAACUCAUCGUGCAGGACCUGCUCUAUCCCCCGGUCCGCGCCGCCCUCCAUGUACCCCACGCAGCAUGUCCCUUCUCCGCGCUUUCAGAACCCUCCAUCUUCGGCGGGACUUCUCAGCAGCUUCUCGCAGCUCAGCCUCAACGGUUCGGGAUCAUCUAGCUGCUCUACAUCGGGAGCACCUAGUCCGAUGUUCCCUCUGACGCCCGAGCACGUUCAUGCGCACAUACCGCCGCCGGCGAGCAGCCCGUUCAAGCACACGACCGCUCCUCGUCACCAGGUCGCGCCCUCGCACCUUCCUCAGCGUCCGCCUAUGCCUCAGCGUCACGCUACGGAGCCGACGCAGCGCAACCCGCAGGCACCUCUCGCUACCGUCGUGCAGCAACAUAUUCUGACGCCGUCUGGACGCGCCUUCAGUGAGGGUGGCCGCGUCCAGAAUGUCUCCGCCGACCCGCUCUGCCCGUUGGUCAUCUUCUGGCCGGACAAUGAGCCUCUUCCAGAACUCGGGCAGCUGCGUCCGAGUAACUCUGCUGGCAUUGUGCACCCUCCCAUCUUGAACACGGGCAACCGUGGUCCUAUCGAGCACCAACCCGGCGACUGGGUCUGCAAGAAGUGCAACUACCUAAACUGGCGCCGCCGCAAGGUCUGCCAGACUUGCUUCCCUUACGCCGAGGGCAACGGCGACUCGAUUUCGGCCACGGUUCAGGCUAGCCGCAUCGCUAUUCUCAAGCAGCUCCUUGACCAACAGACAGCCGCCGCGAAAUCCCGCUCUCCUGCGCCUCGUCAUCCUCCUCUCGGCGAGCAACACCGCCGCCAGACGAUGGAUUCUUUCCGCCCGGCUCCGCGUCACGAGCAGAACAACCGUCGUCCGGCCCACCUUGACAGUAGCGCUUUCGGUCUCGGUCUCGAUCUGCAGGAGAGCGCCCCAAUCUAUCAAACGACGCCAAACCGUCAGGACUCUUUCCCACCCGCCAUCUUCCAUCAGCGCAUGCCGCGCCCGCCGUACGGCGUUGACGCCUUCCGUCAGUCGGCGCCUCCCUCUCCCUACUUCUCCUCUUCUCCGCUCCCACCGCUCGGCCGCUCGCUUCUCGACGAUGCUCCCUACGCCCCGCAAUACUCGCCGGGCCUCUUUAACACGUUCGACGCUGCGCACGCACCUGCCCCUGCUCCCGCGGCCUCGGCGCUUCUCCCAUCGUUCUUGAACGACCUCGUACAGUCGCCAUCGCUCUCCCCUGCGUCGUCCGCCACAUCGUCUCUUGAGGGCGAGGUUGAGCCCAGUCCUGCGACGUCGUGCGCAUCACUCGGGCAGCAGGCGUACCAAGCGUCACCGAAGCCGACCGUUCUACAAGGUGUGCCUGUCGCGCGCCGGUCGCCGACGGCAAACAUCUGGCGCGUUGACGGUGUGGAGGCCAAGGCUCGCACGCUCGCACCCAUCGGCAGCGGGCGCAAAAACAGCUGGGAUGCGUAG